CCCCGAGCAAACUUUGGCCCGGGUUUGUCUCACGAAGCCGCAGAUUCCUUUAAGGAAGUGGGCUGCAGCUUUGGGGAGUGUGGCACACAGCAUAGGGACAUAACAAGGAUGCACUUCAUCCAGUUCGCUUCUCUCUACCCAUUGCAUUUGAAGAUGAUGCGAUUGUUGCUCCUUUGUCUGCUGCUGCCAACCGCGACUGUUUUUUCAGAUGAGAUUGAAGGAUCCGCUUUUGAUGGCCAGGAUGAUGAGGAUUCCUUUGAGGAAAAUGAGUUGACGGAGAUCCAGGACAGAAAUGAUGUAGACACAUUUGUUGAUAAAACCAAAGGUGCAGAGGACAUGACAGAUCAAUUCACGCUGAUUGCCAUCAUCGGAGGCGUGAGCGUGUUGGCUCUUUCGGUCGCAGUCAUAGUGGCUGUUAUGUUAGUAAGACGCCGCAUGCACAAACAACAGCAAGGAAUUUACUCUGUACCUACAGAGCAGGACCAGAAAGGGGCAGUCUAGUUCCUGGAAAGGAACCCAAUCUGGAUCACACACACGCAUGCAAGAGCGACUCACCAGGCAGUAUCAUCUCAUUAUGAGGAUUAUGGUUCUUUAAUAGCUCUGUGUAUCGUUCCUCUAAAACCUAGCCAUCCAUGAGUAAUGCUGUUAUGUCCUUUUUUUUUUUUGGUCCCUUCUGUUUGUAUCCAACAAAAACCUAAUUUGAAGACAUGUUCAAAUUGGAAUCUAUUUUGGGGACUCUAAAUCAAGAAAUAGGCUUAAUGCUUGUUUUUGUUUUUUCCAAGAAUAUUAUUUUUUGACUUCUGGAAUUUCCCUGGUGUUUUAUGAUCAGAAAUAAGCGGCGCAGUGAAAGAAUAUUUAUUUUGGUACACGUGGAGCAAACUUAUCCAUGUGGAGUGGUCGUUGACUGAGACUAAAUUUGCUAAUCCAAAUUAAGACAGCCAAAUGGCCAAACUUGGUUUUCUGGGUCACUUGUCUGACAAUUUCGGUUUUCAUGGCCUGUUAAGACCGACGGCAGAUUGUGGAAUAGAAGAUAAAAAGUACUCUGCCAUCUUGCGCUCAAAUCAACAAAUCUAUCAACUCCUCUUUCAUUUUUUGUUUUUUUUUUGUUUCGGAAACUUCCCUCUUCAAAAUCCACACUUGCGCAGCUUGUAAAUAGCCGUGUGACUGCCGAAGAGGCAGUUUAAUGGUUGGAGGAAAAGCAGGGUGAGAAAAUCUCAUGAAUCAAAUAAAGCCUAAUGGACAAUUGGGGAAGAAAGUAACAAUACCUCCAUUCCAUCCACACAGAGCCUGAUAGUUCCCCCGCUGCCGUUUUAGCGGAAAUCAAUCAUUCUCUGCCAAGCAAAGAUGUCAUUUCUGCAACAUGAAUCGUUGGUUAUUUGGCGGGGAGGGGGCGGGGGGCUGUAGCAAACGUUGAAUUGGAUGGGGCGCCGCUUUUCACUUUCCACUUGUCGUGUAGUGAGAGGUUCUCUGACAAAAGUAGCGGGAUUAAGCUGCGUUUGGUGACAAAGAAAAGAACAUCUCACUUUCCCAUUACACCUUGCAGCACUUUGUAGCAGAGUUAACAAGAUUUCAAAAGGGACAAUACAAUUAUUGCUAUACAAAAAAAACAUUUCAGUUUAGUCAACACAUUUGAAUGCUUUUGAAGCAUCUUUUUAUUUUUAACUGCCAUUACUUAAUUUCAGUCUAAUAUCGUAGCUUCGAUUGUCUCUCGUGUCCAAUUUUACAGAGCACAAUAUUUGUAUUAAGGCUAUGCACCAUCUUUGUUAAAAACUUUAUUGGCUGUGGAAUAAUUCCCAAUAUGAUUUCAUUUUUUUAAAGUUGAAAUUGCGACUCAAAAGAGUAAAUGCCCAUGUUUAUAUGUACUUGUAUAUGAGUCAUUUUGUGUCAACAUUUCUGUUUUUGUUUUUUCUAAACAAAUAAUUAAAGUACGCAAUCCUAUAAAGUGGUAAGAGUUCAUAAAGGGGGUUGGAAAUAUUAUUUGCUCGUCUAGAAUGUGUUUAGAUCGGGGAAAAGAUGGAAUACAUAUGUAAAACUGAAUUGAUUGUGUUAUUAAAUAUGUUUUAAAAUA